AUGUUAGAACUGGGCAUACCACAAGGCUCGUCGCUCGGAAAUACCUUGUUUUUAAUGUUCAUGAACGACCUUCCUUCCUCUGUUGCCGAAGCCAGUAGCCAGGUUAACAUUCCGCAAAUGCAGAUUCCGAUACCGCGCUGUGAUUCGUGCAAGUUCCUCGGGUUUACUAUCGACGCCGGACUGAAGUGGAAGGAGCACGUUAACAACUUGUGUGAAAGGCUGGGCAGUGCAGUAUUCGCACUGCGCAAACUGAAGCCAGUUGUUCCCAAUGUCUCAGAGGCCGUGAAGCAAGAAUAUACUCGUAACCAGCUACAGGAUGUUAAUAUUGUUAACGUUAACAUGAAGCAGGAGGUGACUGACCCGCAGCAGGAAGGUCGACAGAACAUUGUGGACGAGGUAGUUGUGAAAGAGGAGCCUGACGAUGGCAGUGACUGUGAAACGCCACAACAUUUGGUGUUCGUUGAAAAUGAGGCACCCCAUUAUGACCCCAAGACAGACACAAAGGCCAGCGGUAAACCUCACUCGUGUGACAUCUGCACCAAGUCCUUCAAAUAUCCCAGCCUCUUAAAAUUGCACAUGGCAGAUCACACUGGAAACAAGCCCUUCGCCUGCGAGAUGUGCCAUUGGAAAUUCGCGAAACUGACCGUUUUGAAGACACAUUUAAACACCCACACUGGCGAGAAACCAUACAAGUGUAAAACCUGCAAAAAGAAGUUUACACAUUCAGGUUCUUUGAAGAAACACGAACGAUCUCAUAUUGGAUACUAUCCAUAUUCCUGUGACAUUUGUGAAAAGAGCUUCACCGAUCUGACUGCUUUUAAGAAACAUGAGCGAAUGCACACUGGUGAGAAGCCAUACUCUUGUGAAACGUGUAACAAGAAGUUUUCUCAAAAGAUUCAUUUGAAGACGCACGUGAGUAUUCACACAGGUGAGAAGCCGUUUAGCUGUAAACUAUGUGAUAAAGUGUUUGGGCUAUUGAGUUCUUUGAAAGCGCAUCAAAGGACACACACUGGGGAAAAGCCAUACGUGUGCGAGAUUUGUAAGAAAGAUUUUGCAAGGUCGGAUACGUUGAAGACACAUGAGAGGACGCAUACGGGAGAGAAGCCGUACUCCUGUGGAAUUUGCGAGAAAUCGUUUGCUGCAUUGAGUACUUUGAGGAAUCAUAAACGAAUUCAUUCUUGA